AUGCAGGAAUACGCAAAUACUGAGUCCCAGCGACCUUCCUCUCGACCAAAGUCGCAAGACCCAGUCUUAACGCCGGAAGACGAGGCUUUCUUGCGCAACAUCAUGGCAGAACAACCCGCCCAGACGCCCGCUGAUGGUCCGUUAUCUCCAGUCAGCCCUCUUGAGCCCGGGUCUACGGAGCUUCAUUCACCAGUGUCCCCCGUGGAGGAAUUUGGCCGGGAACUGGGCGAGCAAGAGAGAAAGGCGCACGAACCAACAAAGGAACAGACCCAGGACCAGCCGGCAAAAGCCGAGAGCUCCUCACAGCCAGAAAAGAAAUGGAGGCCAUGGAACUGGAUACGCAAGAAGAGCAACCAUGAGAAGAAAGACAAGCUAGAGACGCCCAAAGAGAACCAGACGAAUACCCAAGAUGUAACUACCGUUGACAAGAACGACGCCGAGGCUAGACAAGAGGCGGAAGACAUGACCGACAUUCUUGAGCGGCUGAACCUCGCAGCCGACAAUAAUCGCGUGUUUUCUAUCAGCGACGAAACGCAGGAACUCCUGCGCAAAUUCAAACUGAUCUUCAAAGACUUGAUCAACGGCGUCCCAACCGCAUAUCACGACCUGGAAAUGCUCCUGACAAACGGCAACAAGCAGUUGCAGAAAACAUAUUCUGAGCUACCAGGCUUUCUCCAGAAGCUGAUCGAGAAACUUCCCGAACGGUGGACCGAGUCCCUGGCACCAGAAAUCCUUGCUGCGGCCAGCGAAAGAGCAGCGAGAAGCGGUGUCAAUGUCGAAAACGUGGGUAAGGCUGCCGCGGCUGCCAACAAAAUGGGACUUCAGGUACCUAGCUUGAAGGAGCUCGUUGGAAAGCCCGCGGCCAUCGUAGGCAUGCUCCGGUCUAUUGUAGCAUUCUUGAGAGCCCGGUUCCCGGCCGUGUUGGGGGUGAAUGUGCUCUGGUCGACAGCACUGUUCAGUUGGCUAACAUGGCGCGUCAUAGUUCUGCUGUUUGUCUUGUGGUACUGCCAUAAGCGCGGACGUGAAGUCCGCCUUGAGAACGAGCGCCUCGUGACGGAGGAGGAAAUCAGGAAGUUGAACGAGGAAUCUUCUCCCGACGAGAGGAUCCGAGCUACGGAGACGCUUACCACUACCGCUCCUGCGGGAGCAUCUCCGGCUCAAAUCCGCGAAGGCGUGAAAGAGGCCCAGCAGUCCCGGGAAUUGGCGACCGCCUCGGCCAGUGAUGACAAACAAGACAACGAAGAGACGGAGAAGAAGGAGAAGGAGAACUCUACAAAACCUACAAGAACCAAGUCGCGGUUGUCCAUUUUCGGUCGACCGUCGCAAAAGCCGGCUCCGAAAGUCGAGCCAUAUCCGGGAACAUAG